AUGGGAAAUUAGAAUAAUGCAAAGGCAAAAUUUGUCAAUUUAUUAAAAUAAGAUGAACAAAAUGCCAUAAUAGAAGAAUUGAAGUCUAUUUUACUUCUUGAUAUUUCUUAAGAAGAUUAUCUCAAUGCUUUUUAUCCAUCUGACAUUCGGGAUAUAUUAAAAUAAUCACCAAAAAGAAUAUAAGGAGUAAUUCAUUAUUUACAUAAAUUUCUUUGUGAUAAUUAAAAUGAUUUAGAAUCUCAUUUUUAAUAUAGAUAAUGGAAAAAUAGUUUGAGAAUAUUAACAACAAUUUUUCCAGUGUUAUAUGAAGGAUAGUUUAAAGAAUAAAUGAAAGAAAUAUUAUGGCAUACUAAAAUUUCUAAGCCUAAUGAAGAAAUUUAAGAACGAGAUCCUCCUCUCAUAAUUUCACUUCUAAUUAGAUUAUUUUAAUUAUGUUUUCACUUUGGAUUUACAAUUGAUGCUUUAGAAUAUAAUGUAUUAAUUUAUAUCUAUUAAUUUUUUAAAGGAAUAAGUUGAAAAGAAUGAUACACUAUUACAAUUUUUUAAAUAGUAUUAUCAUAAUGUUUGGAACUCAUACUAAUUGUAAGUUGGCUAUAUAUGGAAAGGUUUUAAUAUUUAAUGCAAAUAUCCAAAUGAUGUAGCUAAAUAUUUUGAAAAUCGAUAUCUAGUUUUAUCUUGUAUAUUUGCCUUAGUUAGUUCUUCAUUAUUUUAAUCAGAGUUUUUUUUUGAAAUUGAAAUCUAAGAAAUAACUGAAGAAAAAGAGAGUUAAACUUAAAACUCUAAUGAAAUGAAACAAUCUAAUAAUCAAGAAGAAAUUGAUGAAUAAUUUUAAGCGCAAAAAAAUUAAGAAAAACAUAGUAGCAACGAACAUAAUAAUUUAAAAUAAUCUCAAAAAUGGAUUGUUUAAACACCUAAUGCAGCUUUAUUAGUAUUACAAAAAAUUAAAUUUUUUCCAGAACUAUUAGUAUCAAUAAUAGCAUUUUCAAUAUUUCCAACUGAAAGAAUUAAAUAAUUUUUAAGAGGUUUUGUUAAUAUGCCUAAUUAAAUUGAAGAGAAUCUAUAAAAUGUAUGCUUAAAACUAACAUCACUCGUAAUAGGAGGAUAAGGUAUUUUUAUUAUUGUAACAAAUAUAGGUUUUAUAUAUCAAGAUGCAUUAUCUUUUGGAAAAGAGUUUGAAGAGAUGAAAAAGGCUAAAGAACAUUUUUCACUAUUUAACAUUCCAUUCCCUUAAUUUAUUAAUUUACCUUAAUAAAUAUUAGAAGGAAUUAUAGUUUAAUUAACAUAAAAGUUUUAUUCUUAUUACAAAUCUUAACAAUAAUUUAUAAGAGGAACCUUUGAAAAAUAAUUAUCAAAUUUUGAAAGCAAUUUCAUUUUUUUGAGUUAUAUAGCAGCAAGAACUGUACAUAAUGGUAUUUUUAUUAAAUUAAAAAAUAGUCCCAAAUAUAAUGGUUGUCUUUUUAUUGUCCUAUUUUAAUUCAAAAAAAUAUAUAUAAAAGGUUUCUUUAUAGAUACUUAAAUUAUUAAGUGCUUAACCUUAAUUAAAUAAAUAAUUAUGUGAGAAUUAAGAGUUUACUCUAACUUUUACUGAUGCUCCAAUUAGUGUUGGUUCUUGGGCUGAUUUACUAGUUACAGCACUUUGUGAUAAAAUACUAAAAGAGUUAUUAUCUAUUAAGGAAAAUAAAUUAAUGGAAAUAACUUAAAUAUUAUUCAAUAUAUCUUCAGAGAUAGGCAAACUAAAUUUACAAAGUUCUGAAAUAAUUUGUAAAUUAAUUAAAUUAAUGGCUAAUUAUGAUUUACUAUUAAAAUCUCCAAAUAUGUUAAUCAGUUUAUAGAAUUUGAUUGGAACAGUGUCCUAAAUCAUAUACUUUUUUCCUGAUGAUAAUUUUGAUCUUAUACAAAAUGUAACCAAAAUUAAGGAUAGCAUUAAAUUUUUUCAUGAAUUAUAGAUCUCAUAAAAGAAAUUAUAAGUUUGGUGGAAUAAACAUGGUACUCAUAAUCCUAUUGUAAAUUAAAGUUUUAUUAAGAGUUAGCAAUUUUAAUAAGAUGUUCAGAAUGUUAGAGAAUCUUAAGUUAGAUCAUUUACUCAAACAUAAUAAUUGUCUAAUUAAAAGAGUUAAUAAAAAUAAUAUUAGCAAGAAGAAAUAUAAAGUUUAUAAUAAAUGGAAUAAAUCUAAUCUGAUAGAAUAUUAAAAUCUUUAAUUGAAUAAGAUAAAUAUUUUGAUAAAUGGAAAAGUUACAAUUAAGAGAAUAUUAAAAAAUUUGUUCCUUUAAUUAGUUUGGUAAAAUUGCUUGAAAAUUUAUUUAAAUUAACUUUGGAUCCAACUGAAGAGUCAAAAUUAAAAUCUGUAAUUUAAUUACAUGAUUUAAGGUCUUUGAUGGUUAAAUAAAUUAUUUUUAAAAUAACAGUUGAUAAAUUUAAGAUAUUUAAAACAAUAACAAAAUAAAUUUGGUAAAAUUGUUUAAGGAAUUCUGAUAAAUUCCCCUAUUUUGAAAAGUCUGAAUGCCCAUGUUUUUAAAAAUCGUAUAUAGAGAAAUGA